AUGUCGUUCAGCAGUUUCUACUCGGUGGUAAACGCCAUUAAGGACAAGUCAGCAGAGGCCAUGACGAUAUUAAGCUCAGAUCUACAGGAUUUUAAAUCUGUCGUUCAGGAGGACGUGGCGGAGCUGUCUAAGAAUGUACGACAGAACAUACAAGACGGUCGACUCAGUGUGGAACGAAAGGAAUCAGAUCAAGAAGACGAGAAAAUGCAGAAUCAGAAUCAAGACCUAGAUUGGGACCAACACUCCAAUCAGGAGGUCUGUAAUUUAUCUACGCAUUCUGCAAUGGAAGACAAGCAGGAUCAGAAUCAGGACUCGUUGACGUCUCUCAAGAAUUCGCUCUUUUCUUUGGAUAUGGGCAGCACGUUGGAAUCGCUUAAUUCAGUAGGCAGCUCAAUGCAGGGAUCACUGAACAUAGUACAAGAUUCGCUUACCUCAGUAGGUAGUAAAUUGACGUCACUGAACGUUGGUAAUAGCUUGGAAUCGCUGGAAGUCAUGGGGUCCAAGCUGCUGAAUUCAGCCGACGAAUUUCUUGGUACAUUGACUGGAGAUACAGUCUAUGAAGACGAGGAAAAACUGAGUGAAAGUGAGUUAAGUGCCAGGAGAUUCAGGGUCUUGGCACUUCAAGAAGACUCGGAGACGUACAUUGAGCCACCGCUUGAUGUCGAGACAUUCGAGAAGUGGAAACUCGUGACUUCCACGGAGGAGCUAGCGGAGAUUAAAAAGGAGGUGCUUGAGAAUUAUCCGACGGUAGGUUGUAAAUUUAAGGAGCUGGUGCCGUCCGUGGUUGGGGCAGAUGUAUUCUGGGCGCAUUACAUUUACAAGGCGUCACUGUUGGCUGCCCAGGAACAACGCGGAGCAGAUCUGCUGGAACAUGCUUUGAACGAUGAUGAAGAAGAGAUCGACUGGGAUGCCGACUCGCCGAAUGCCACGGACGACGACGGUAAGCCGAUUUUCCCCGAUGAUGAGUGUAAGGAGGAGGAGAAGGUGCCGGUGACUGCGGUCACAAACGCCCCGACCUCGUCAAGUGAUGGUGAGAGCUGGAUUGAGCUAGACGAGCGGAAGGAGUCGACAUCGUCUGGUGCCUCGUCGAGCAUCAAAGAACCGAACAGUGCCCUGGCUGACUUAACACUUAAUGAGGGGGACGAGGCGGCCGGAGAAGGCUCGCUUGAUUGGGGUGAUGACGAUGAUCUUUUAGUGCCAGAGGAGACAACUGCAGCCGUAGUGGAUGCCAAGGUUUCUAAGACGACCCCAAUUUUGCACGAAGACAGCAGCAAGCGUGGAGAAGAUUGGGGUGAAUGGGACUGA